AUGAAAAAAUUACCUAGUAGUUAUUUGGAGCCCAAAAUAUUUGAUAACAAAUACAUUAUCAAGUAAAAUUUGAGUUCUGGGUCUUUUGGAGUUGUUUAUCUGGCUAUUCAUAAAGUAACACGUGAGGAAGUGGCUGUUAAAUUGGAAAAAGGAGAAUAAGAAACUUUAGAUAGAGAAGUUUACUUGCUAACUAAGUUGUAAGGCAUUUAAGGUAUCACCAAACUUUACUGGUUUGGAAGCGAGCAAAACUAUAAUGUUAUGGUCAUCGAAAUCCUAGGUAAGGACUUAGGUUAUUAUGUUAAACAUUACAAACAAUUAUCAUUGAAAACUGGUUUACAACUAUUAGAAUAGCUCCUAACCAUUUUUAGUUUGGUGCACAACAAAGGAAUUGUUCAUAGAGAUCUGAAGCCUGAAAAUAUAAUGAUGGGCAAAACCAAUACAGCACAAGCAUAUUUAGUUGACUUUGGAGUUUCUAAAUAGAUUUUUGAUUCAGCAAAACAUAUGUACAUAACUAUUCAUUCAAAAUAGACCUUUUCGAGACAACAAGUCAUUCAUUGGAACAACUCGAUAUGCGUCAAUUGCAGCUCACAAAGGAUAUGAAAUUGGAAGAAAAGAUGACUUAGAAUCCCUUAUGUAUGUCAUCAUAUAUCUUAUUUUGGGGUAUAUACAUAGCUAUUUAAUUUCACUAGCAAACUACCUUGGCAAAAUCUGUAGAAUAUUGGAGAUAAAGACAGAACAAUUGUUGUUGGAGAAGUGAAGAUGCAAACAUCAAUCUAGUCACUCUGUAAAGAUUUGCCUUCACCUUUCUCAGAAUAUUUGAAGUAAAGUGAUCAUCUUAACUAGUUAUUUAAAAGGGCUAGAUUAUUAAGACUAGCCUGAUUAUGAAUUACUCAAGAAAAUUAUGAGACAAUGUUCAGACCCAAAUACGUAUGAUAAUUAAUUCGAAUGGACAGAUAAAAUACCAGAGAAACUUGGAGAAGUCAAAUAGUAAAGCUCAUUCUUAGCUGUCCCAAAUGGAUUAAAUGAUUAGAAUAGACAAAACACAAAAAAAUAAUCUUAUAUGGGUACUGAUUCCAUAUGAAUUUAGGUUCCCAAUCUUCCAAUAUUGUUAAAUACAUACCAUCUAAUUAAGAUGCUCUUCUAAUAAAAAGUCAACCUUAAAAAAUUAUAACCAGUCAACCUCAUAUUGAAGUGUUGAAACAACUAGACACCGUUGAUUUUGAUGAUAUCGAAGAAAACAUGUAAAAUUAUCCUACUCUAGAACAAAAGUUGCUGAGAUUGCAAGGAUUUGAUGCAAAAUUUAAGGAAGGUUGUGUAUCUCGUUCUGCAAUUCAUGUUUUUGAUCAUUGA